AUGAUUGUAGCAUACUUUGGUCGUUACAAAUUAUUUCUUCUUAAUAUAACAUCUGCAUCAGGUCUUCUUACUCUUGGUGACUAUUGUGCACAAAUUUUCUAUGAUAAAAAGAAAACUUUAGAUAAAAAACGUUUAUUCGCAGCAUGUAUUACUGGAGCAGCAUUAGGUAUUGAAGGACAUUAUUGGUAUAAAUUUCUUGAUCGUAUUAUAGCUAAAGCAACAUGGCAUAAUGCGUUUAAAAAAGUUCUAUGUGAUCAAACUGUUGCUGCACCUAUUUAUACAACAACAUAUAUUAUUGGUACAUCGAUUCUCGAAGGACGAACAUCUUUAAAUCAAUUAAAAGAUGAUACUAAACAAAAUUUUAUUCCACUUUAUAUAGCCGAUUGUGUUGUUUUUAUACCUACACAAUUAAUUAAUUUUAGAUAUAUUUCCGCAUAUUAUCGUGUUCCAUUUAUGUUCUCGAUUUCAUUUAUUUUUAAUUUUUUUCUUAGUGCAUAUAAACAUACACAUGAAGGACACGAAAAAUAA